GAACAAGACCAGCAAGCUCCACCCUCCAGUCCUGAGUCUGACACCACACCUGCUCCUGAUUACUGUCACCUCAGCCUGGACCCAAACACAGCGUACAGAGAGCUGGUUCUGUCUGAGGGCAACAGAAAAGCAGAGCUCACAUCUAUAGUCCAGGAUUACCCUGAACACCCAGACAGGUUCUCUCACCUCUACCAGGUGCUUUGCAAAGAGGGUCUGACUGGACGCUGUUACUGGGAGGUGGAGUUUGAUAGGUCUGUUGAAGUAGCCGUGGCGUACAAAGAUCUAGGCAGAUCUGACUAUUAUUCUGAGUGUGCGUUUGGCUGCAACGACAAAUCCUGGAGUUUAGACAUAAACAGAAACAGCAAAUGUUUCAGAUACAAUGACGAGGAGACUGAGGUGCCGGAGCCUCUGUCCUCCAGAGUCGGCGUUUACCUCGAUCAUAAGGCGGGUAGUCUGACCUUCUACUGUGUCUGUGACACGACCAUGCAGCUCAUGCACAGAGAAGAAACCAUGUUCACAAAGCCGCUCUACCCCGGGCUGUGGGUCCCGUUCACCGCCCAGCUGUGUGACCUGUAAAGGUCCAGCAAAAAGUGUU